AUGAAAAUUGCAGUUUAUGGAAAAGGUGGCAUUGGUAAAUCAACAACUAGUUGUAAUAUUUCUAUUGCAUUAGCAAGACGUGGAAAAAAAGUUUUACAAAUUGGAUGUGAUCCUAAACAUGAUAGUACUUUUACUCUUACAGGUUUUUUAAUCCCGACAAUUAUUGAUACUUUACAAUUAAAAGAUUAUCAUUAUGAAGAUGUUUGGCCUGAAGAUGUUAUUUACAAAGGUUAUGGAGGAGUUGAUUGUGUAGAAGCGGGAGGACCACCUGCCGGAGCUGGUUGUGGAGGCUAUGUUGUAGGUGAAACUGUAAAAUUAUUAAAAGAAUUAAACGCAUUUUAUGAAUAUGAUAUUAUUUUAUUUGAUGUUUUAGGCGAUGUAGUUUGUGGUGGGUUUGCUGCUCCAUUAAAUUAUGCUGAUUAUUGUAUAAUCAUAACAGAUAAUGGAUUUGAUGCAUUAUUUGCAGCUAAUCGUAUUGCGGCUUCAGUUAGAGAAAAAGCUCGUACACAUCCACUUAGAUUAGCUGGAUUAGUAGGAAAUCGAACAUCAAAAAGAGAUUUAAUUGAUAAGUAUGUAGAAGCUUGUCCAAUGCCUGUAUUAGAAGUAUUACCGCUUAUUGAAGAUAUUCGAGUAUCCAGAGUAAAAGGUAAAACAUUAUUUGAAAUGGUAGAAUCACAGCCUUCACUGAAUUAUGUUUGUGAUUUUUAUUUAAACAUAGCUGAUCAGAUUUUAUCACAACCAGAAGGAAUUGUACCAAAAGAAGUUCCAGAUAGAGAAUUAUUUAGUUUAUUAUCUGAUUUUUAUUUAAAUCCUGUUGAUAAAACUAAAGAUAAAAAAGAAAAUAAAAAAGAAGAUAAAGAAAAUUCAGCCGAUUUUACAUGGUUAUGA